AUGGCUUCCACAGCGCUGGCGCCCGCGCCGCCGGGCCUCGGUAUCCUCACCGUCACGCUCGUGCGCCACGCGCAGUCCGAGGACAACGCCAACGGCAUCCUGGCGGGCCACCGCGAUGCGCCGCUCUCGGCCCUCGGGCGCGCCCAGGCGCGGGCGCUCGGCAAGGGCCUGCAGUGGCAGCAGCUGCAGGCCGUCUACUCGAGCGACCUCAAGCGCGCCCGCGAGACGGCCGGCGAGAUCGUCGAGGCCAAUCAAACUGUGCCUGCGCCGACGCUUGUGCACACGCGGGCAUUGCGCGAGCAGUACUUUGGCGUUGUUGAGGGGCGAGCAUGGUCAGAUCCAGACUGGACUCCGCCAUUGCCAACCGACUCGCGCACGCACAAGUACCCGCAGGGCGAGUCGCUCGAGGAAGUCGGCGCGCGCAUGCGCAGCGCAGCUCGCCGCUACAUUCUGCCGCGCAUCGAGAGCUUGCGCGGCGGCGCUGAGGGCGAGGCGGACGGCGGGCACGUGGUCGUCGUAGCGCACGGCGUCGCGAUUGCAGAGCUGCUGCGCUUUUUCAUGUCGCAGCACGACACGGGCUCCUCUUUGAGCUCGCUGUGGCCCGACCCGAAGGCCAGCUAUACGCGCGUGCGGCUCGAGAACACCGGCUGUACCCGGCUGGAGCUUGCCGUGCCGCUCGGCGAUCAGGCGUCCGCCUCUAGUUCUGCGCCAGACUUCGACUCAUCGCUGGCGUCUAUACCCGACGCUUCGACGCCUGCGCGGCCGCUCUAUGUGCGCAUCGUCGAGCAGAACCGCAUCGACCACCUCAAGGCUUUGGCUGCCGCUGCUGCGCUCGGCACUCCUACGCCUGGCGUCUCUGCCGGCGCCACAACCUCAGGCGACGACUCGUUCGGCGACGCACUGGGCCUUUCGCAAGGCGGUCCCUCGUCUAUGACGCCAGGCGGCGCGCAAGUCAAUGCGCGCGCCAUAGGCGCCUACGACGUCAGCUUCAUGGUGCGCGAUCUCGAGCGCUCGGGCGGCCAGUCAGCCAUGCUCUCUGCAUUCGGCGAGAACUAUGACCGCGACGUAGGCGGAUCCAGCUUUGCGCCCCCGAGCGCCAGCACUGGACAGACGGUCUCGCCCGCGCCGGGUGGCUCGCAAGUCACGUUCGGGCCUGGCUUCAGCGUGUCGGAGGUCUCGCCAUCGGCAGGCUCUGCGGCGCUGCCCAGCAGCAUGAGUGCAGGCUCCAGCUCUGUCAGCCGCGACACCUCGUACCACCACGGCCCUCUGACCGGGCCGGGUGCUGCGUCCGACGCGUGGCAGAGCGUCUGCGUGCGCGUCCUGCCGCUCUUCAACGGCGAGGGGCUCAAGAGCCCGAUUGAGGACCUCAACCAGAGCGUGCAAACGCACAUCGCCCGCACACUCGCUCGCAGUCCCGCGCGCGCCCUCGAUGCACUCUCGACCGAUCUUGCGGCCCUGGUGUCGACUGGCGCGUACACGCUCAACGCCAAGCUUCAGAGCGUCGGGUAUGACGACCUGCGCCUGGUGGGCCGUCUCGUCGAGAUCUGGACGUUCUUCUUUGGCUCGGUGCUGCCGUACAUCGAGGGCGUCUUUCUGCCGCUGCAGACGGACUCGGUGCUUGUCAGCCUCACGACCUCGUCGGACGUUGGACAGAGCACUGGCGCGUCGAGCUCGGCGGGCGGGACGGGCGGUGCCUCCAGCGGCGCGCAAGCUCUGCACUCUUUCGCAGCUGGAGAGCCGGAAACGCCUCGCAAGGUCCCGUCCGCCUUUCAAGGUCUGCGCACGGAGCGGAUUGACGUGCGCACGAUUGCGCUGACCGUGUUCCGCGACCGCGUCGUGCUGCCGCUGUACGAGCGGCUCGUCACGCUCUUCUCGUCGAUCCGCGAGCUUGAGGGCGGCGGGACCUAUGCUGGCGCCAAGACGGGGCCCAAGGGCAUGGCAUUUAGGGGGCAGGCAGUCUCUGUCGCCUCGGAGGUCGGACAUGUACCCAGCAUCUCGACGCCCGGACCCAUCAGCGCAGGCAUGGGCAGCGACAGCCUAUCGCCUCGCCUGCUCCAGAUGACGAUGGUCCUAGCCAGCGUGCUGAGCGCCGACGAGGCGCAGGCAGCGAUCGACUCUCUCUUCAAGGCGCUGCGCCUAGGCUCCGCUGCACCGACGACGGAGCGCGAGACUCGCACCACCCAGCAGUACCGUGGCGGCGAGCCUGGCGGGCGCGAGAACCGCCGAGGCUGGCUGCCACGCAGCGCUGUCAAGCAUGGCACGCAAGCGCCGGGCAAUGCUGGUGCGCUGGACGACGAGAGCGACGAGUGGGUCAGCGCGCGUGCGGGCUUCGGCUUCGGCAUGCAUCAGCCGCCGAUGGCGUCGAACAACUCCCUCUCUUUCGCCUCGCGCUCCCAGCCCAUGCUGAGCGAGGACGAGUACCUCACGUCUCUGCGAUCGCCGACGCUGGCCUCGCCGCCGCCGCAAGAGCCAGAACACAACGGCAAGACCUUGUCGGAGCAGAUCCAGGGCGGCGCCAUCGAUCUCGGCCUCAGCGAUCCGUCGGAUGACGACGAGGAGGCAGAGCCGGGAAGCAUGCGUGCGGCUCAGCUCCAAGGCCCUCCGCCCGUGCGAAGCUACAGCUCUGGCCAUGCGCUGCGUGCCAGCGACGCCGACGCAGGCAGCGACACCGACGACGGCGCCGACGAGUCGCUCGCGACGCCCGUGCAGCAGACGCCCGCACGCGCUGCGGUACCGUACGCCGGCGCCGAUGCCUCGCGAGCGCUUCCGCGCACCGCAGAGCAUGCCUCGCCCGGCAGCUCGCUGCGUGCAGGCCAGUCGACGCCUACGGUCGGCCUCGGCCUGCCGCUGCUCGACGGCUCGGAGGUCGAGCGACCCGGCGCCACGGCGCAGUAG